GCAGCGCGUCAGAGCCGGAGCGAUGCUACGCAGCCCGGUGGGCAGGCAUGCCGGCUGCGAGCUUGUGUAAGAGCACGGAGCCUGCCGGAGCAGCAAAAGUAGCGAGGAGUGAGUGGGAGAGGAGCCCCGGUGCAUGGCGAGCCUCCCUGCCCCAGCACGAGCUGCAAACGGGGCAGUUCCCAGGCAGCACGCAGCGUCUCCUCAGGGAUGUUGUCCCUUUUCAUCUGUUUCUCCCUCCCCUACUUCAUUAAUGCCUUCACGACCUCGGGAAAGUUGCCCCUCAACAGAAGCCUUGAGGAGUCUCUGGGAAUCCCGACCGCCUCGGGUUCGUUUUCCUGGGAUAACGACACGCUGGCGGGUUGGCAGACCUUCGUGGGCAGGAGCCGGCACAGGGCAGACUCGCAGCACGUGGCGGCGAAAGCCCUGCUCGUCACGGCGUACUCCGUCAUCAUCGUCAUCUCCCUCUUCGGCAACGUCCUCGUCUGCCACGUCGGUGUCAAGAGCAGACGCCUGCGGUCCGCCACCAGCUUGUUCAUCGUCAAUUUGGCCGUGGCCGACAUCAUGAUCAUGCUUCUCAACACGCCUUUCACGCUGGCUCGCUUUGUGAACAGUACCUGGAUAUUCGGGAAGGGGAUGUGCCACGUCAGUCGGUUUGCCCAGUACUGCUCCCUCCACGUCUCUGCCUUGACCCUCACAGCCAUUGCCGUGGACAGGCACCAGGUUAUCAUGCACCCUCUGAAGCCUCGCAUAUCUACUGCAAAAGGUGUUAUCUACAUCGCCGUAAUUUGGGUCAUGGCGGCUUGUUUUUCCCUCCCACACGCCAUCUACCAAAAACUCUUUACUUUUGAAUACAGUGAGGAAGUUACCCGGUGCCUGUGUCUCCCGGAUUUCCCUGAGCCAGCUGACCUCUUUUGGAAGUACCUCGACCUGACCACCUUCAUUUUGCUCUACGUCCUGCCCCUGGUGAUCAUCUCAGCUGCCUACGUGACGGUGGCCAAGAAGCUCUGGCUGCGCAACGCCAUCGGGGAUGUCACCACCGAGCAGUACUUCGCCCUUCGCAGGAAGAACAAGAAGACAAUAAAGAUGCUGAUGCUCGUCGUCAUCCUCUUUGCAGUCUGCUGGUUUCCCUUAAACUGCUACGUCGUCCUCCUCUCCAGCCAGACCAUCCGCACCAACAACGCCCUCUACUUCGCCUUUCACUGGCUUGCGAUGAGCAGCACCUGCUACAACCCGUUCAUCUACUGCUGGCUCAACGACAGUUUCCGAUCAGAGCUGAAGGCUUUGCUCAACAUCUGCAGAAAACCUCCUGGCCCCGCAGAACAGAGGCUUCCCUCCACUCUCCCUUCCUACCAGCUGGCUUGGCCAGAAAACGGCACCUUCAAGAGGCUGCAGGCCUCUCAUGUCCUGCCCUCGGCCUCCAACCUCCCAUCAGGAAAGACAGACAUCUCUGCAGUUGAGCCGAUAGUAGCCGUGAGCUAAACGGUGGCCCUGGGGCGCCGAGAAGGACCUCACUUAAUUUUGGCUGGAGCUAGGAAGGUGGGAAGAUGUGGGGCCCUGGCCUGCAUGCUGGCCGUGGCAGCACCAAGCCUGGCUGUGCAGGAGGCAGUGUGAAAGGGCUGCAUCUCCAGUGCUGGCUGACGGUAAUAAUAUGGAGCCCUGGAAGGGAAGGAAGGAAACUCUUGCCAGGAAGGAGCUCUCUUUGUGUCCUGGUCAUGUUGACUUUGGAUCUGGUGGCAGAGAGGGAUUCUCUGCAUGUACACCGCUGUUACCUGCAUGACUGAGUCUUUUUACUGCUGGGGUGGUGUGUGUAUUUUGCUGGUAUUUAAAUGCUAAAGCAACAGCCUGAUCACAAAGAGCCUCCCUCCCCCUUAGUCUCUUGGUAGCACGGCAGAAAUGGCAGAUGCAGACCUGUAGGCCGCUGGCUUAAAUCCAGCACACUUGGGUGGGAGACAUCUCUUCCUACAGGGUCAAGGGUCGAGGUCUGCUCAGUAUGAGUAAAAAAAAAUACAUCUUUAAAAUCAAUUUUUUUGUGGAAAUACCUUCCAAGAGGUGGAGGGCUAGACAGCCACUGAAAAUUAGAGUGGUCUUUUAUAUCCCAGGCGCUUUUUCUAAGGUAGCACUGGAGAAAAAUCGAUGCUUAUUCUUUGGGUAAGUAGAUGGCAAACACCAACUGUUAGCUCUGCAUCUGUUGCCAGUGCUAAAUCACACAGAAUUUUACCUUCAUAAAAUAGUCAUGAAAAUUCAUAAAACUUUUCUUCAAAUAGAGAACUAAAACCUUAAAAAAAAAAAAAAACAAAAAAAACACCAAACAUUGAGAGCCAUGGAUUUACCAUCCACAGAGCAUCGAUGAGUACUCUCUUAAUCUGAGUUGGGAUUAGGACCUUACUUGGGAUCAGAGCAUCUCUGCGUUGUUCUCAAGUGGUAGCUAAAGGAUCCCACAGUUUGACUUUUUAAUUCAUCUUUGAAUGUUGCUCUCUUAUCCUGUAAAGCACCUGGGGACUUCUUAGCUCAGACAUUUGGGACAUUUUAUCUUAGCUCAGACAUUAGCUCUUCGGAAUCAGAUCAUAAAUAAACUGCUUUGAUGAUAUCUGUGAUAGAAAGUAAUAAAAGAAGAACAUUUCUUGGCGAGAUGUCCCCUGGUCAAUGCACAAUUUUAGUGCAUUUAAAGAUGAGUGAGAUGUGUUCUUCAUGGGAUGACUGUUAAGAAAUUGAUGUGACUUCAGCUGUCUGGAGUAUUUUGCAGAACUUAGUGUUCUUAACAGAAAAAUAUCUGGUUCUGAAUGAGAAAAAAAAAAAAAAGGGGAGGGUGGGGGGCAUUCCCAUUCCAAAAGCUGUACCUUGUAUUAUACAGGGAACCAAUAACUUUUCCUGUGCUGUGGAAAUUAGCUUGAAUGUCACACCAGGGUGCCACAUUCCACAUUCAGCUUGCAGCAGCCAGUAGAGAAGUGAGAAAAAUCUUCUUUUUAUAAAUGGGAAGAAAAAUAAUAAGGGAGAAAAAAAAAACUCUUUUUCCUAAUGUCCUGUAAUAAAGUUAUUCUGAAAU